AUGGCUGUUGUCUUCACACAAGUGGAAAACAAAAGCAAAGAUUGCAUAGCUUCAUACAGCAUACUCUUCCCCCCACUCCAGUGCUCUUGUAAUCUGAAGGCAACAUCCAAAGACUGCUGUUGCCUGCUGGAGCAUGUUGUCAGUUAUGAAAGCAGCACCAGUCUGAAUCAUUAUUUUCCUACUAUGUGUGAGUUGCCAAGAAGGAUUAUUAAGGAAAAAAAGAGAGAGAGAGUCUAUGCACAAAUUAAGAUUGGGAAAAUGGGAGUGGCAUUACUUGUCAGGAAAAUGGCUAUCGAUGCUCUGCGUCUAGCAAACACUGCCUUUGCAGUUGAUAUGUUCAAAAAAUUGUGUGAGAAGGACAAAACAGCCAAUAUUGUUUUUGCUCCACUGUGUACUUCAACUUCUCUUGCUCUGGCGUAUAAAGCUACCAAAGGUGACACCGCAGCCCAAAUGAUAAAGGCACUCCAUUUAGAAGAUGUCAAAGAUGUUUUGUUUGGGUUCCAAACAGUAACGUCUGAUGUUUCCAAACUCAGCUCUUUCUAUUCACUGAAAAUGGUCAAACGGCUCUAUGUAGAAAAGUCUCUUAACCCUACCACGGAGUUUAUCAAUGCCACCAAGAGACCCUUUCCAUCUGAACUGGAACUAGUAGACUUCAAGGAAAAAACUGAGGAAACCAGGCAGCAGAUCAACAAAUCUGUUUCGGAGCUAACCGAUGGUAAAAUGGAGAACAUUUUGAAUGAGGGGAGUAUAAAUGACCAGACUAAGAUCCUCCUGGUUAAUACAGCUUAUUUUGUAACAAACUGGAUGAAGAAGUUCCCAGAGGCACAAAUCAAAGAAUGUCCUUUUAAAAUCAACAAGACUGAAACGAAACCAGUGCAAAUGAUGAACCUGGAAGCUACAUUUUGCUUGGGCUACGUAAAGGAAUUAAAAAUCGCAAUCCUUGAGCUCCCUUGCCUCAACAAGCACAUAAGCAUGCUCAUUCUGCUACCAAAAGAGAUUGAGGAUGAUACCACUGGCUUGGAACAGCUUGAACAGCUGCUCACUCCUGAGACGUUAGUACAGUGGACCAAUCCCAGCGUGAUGGCCAAUACCAAAGUGAACGUGUUUCUUCCCAAAUUUAAGAUGGAAGGGGAUUACGAUCUGAAGCCUGCUCUGGAAAGCUUGGGGAUGACAGAUAUUUUUAAUGAGAAUGUAGCAGACUUCUCUGAAAUGUCUGAGACUAAUGGCAUAGUUUUGUCACAGAUCAUCCAUAGAGUCUCUCUGGAAGUAAAUGAAGAAGGUGCUGAAUUGAGAGACGUACCAGGAUAUCGGAUCCUGCAACACAAAGAUGAAUUUAAAGCUGACCAUCCAUUCAUCUUCUUGUUUAGGCACAACAAAACUCGCAACAUCAUUCUUUCUGGCAGAUUCUGUUCUCCUUAAAUAGGGCAUAUAUUGAGAAAAGC